AUGCUUUUAUAUUUUGUUAUUUCUGCUCAUGCUGCUGGUGGCCACGUGCAGGUACAGGGUCCAGCAUUUCAAACUAAUAUUCUACAGAAAGAUCAAAACAUUUCGAAAUUUUUAGAAUACUUCAAUAGAGAUGUAGAAAUUAGUGGAGGUUUUUCAAGUUCCUUCAGAUCUAAUGAAUACUUUCAUUGCACAAUUACAUUAAAGAAGGCCACUUUUACUGGUAACUAUGCUUUCGGUUCCAGUAUCUCUUCAGCUAGUGGUGGAGCUCUUUAUGCCUCACAUUCUCAAAUUUCGACUACAACUACUACAGGUGAUAACUCCACAUUUGCAAACAACGAAGCAUCAAUUGGAGGCGGUAUUUGCUUUAUUGCUUGCAAAGCUUACUUUAAAGAAACUUUAUUUACUGGAAAUAUGGCUCAUAAAUUUGGCGGAGCCUUUUAUUUUCAAGGCAUAUCAGAAGAAAGUAACAUCGAUAUUUCACAGCAGUAUCUCAAACUGGAUGCAUGUCAAUUUACAAGAAAUACCGCCCAUGACGUUGGUGGAGCCCUUUGCUUCUCUAAUGCAGCCCACAGCCAAAUUGAUGGCACAACUUUUGAUGGAAACAAGGCAGAGUUAGGUGGUGGUGCUAUUUACUGCAUGCAAACCGAACUUUUAAUAAAAGGAGGCCAUUUCAAAACUAAUACGGUCGACGUUACAAGAAGAAAUACUGAUUUUGAUGUUAGAUUAGAAAGCAAUACUCUUAAUCGAAAAUAUAACACGAAAUCAACUGGAUUUUCCAGAUUCAGUGCUCGUGGCGGUGGUGCCAUUCUCUUUACUUCGAUUGAACCAGAAAGUACACUUAGAUUAGAAACCUCAGGUGUCUGCUUUAAAGGAAAUACUGUUACAAGUGGAGACACAUUCAAUCCCACAAAUACAAAUUCUGGUGAUAACGUUCUUUUAGAUGGUGAUGUUACUUACUUUUCAAACAAGGAUGGUAUGGAUGUUCAUAAGAUCGCCAGAAGCGCCCGCAAACUCUCUAUCUUCUACAACUACGAGCUUCUUAAUGGUGAUCUUUCUGGUUGUACUGGAGAAGAUAACAACUCCAAUUCUCAAACAGUUCAUUCAUUUGCUAAGCAAUCUAAUACAGGAGAUGACAGAGCCACUUCAGGUAUUCCUGACCCUACACCAUACACAUAUGUUGCAACUCCAAUUACCAAACUUCCUCUUCCAACAACUGAAUCACAUAUUACAUUCCCAACAACCAAACUAAAAGUCAUUCCUGAAAAUGUCAAUCCGCCAAGUGAACCAGCUUCACCUCCAACUGUUGCAACACCAGUUCCACCACCUCCAGCAAGAACUCCAAUCCCAAUCAUAACUCCAAAGCCUGGACAGAAAGGAAAGGAGACAGUCACAAAGAUCGAAACAUACUCAAACAUCACAACAACAAAAAUUAACACAAUUGUUGUUUCUUACGAUCCAGAUAACCGUCCAUAUUACAUUACAACUGAAAUUACUGGUGAAUUCACAAUUGUUACUGUUGUUGUUAUUGAAUCUACUGUUAACUUGGCCAUUGAAGAAACACCAGCACCUCCAAAGAGCAAUACGAUGUACAUCAUCAUCGGUGUCGUUGCAGGUAUUAUUUUACUUGUCGCCGCUGCAUUACUUAUUUGGUUUGUUGUCGCUAAGAAGAAGAAAGAGGACGAAGAAUCUAAUUCAACUGUCGAAAUGGUUGAAGAAACUGUUACAAUAGCUCCAACUACUUCUAACACAAUCACUAAUGAUAACCCAUUAUGGACUACAAGUUUCGUUGGAGAUGAUGAUCCGUUCAAGAAAGACUUCGAAGAAGAAGGGGUCGAAGUUUUCUUUGACGUGAAAGACGUCAAAGAAUUAGAGUGA